AUGGACAGGUCCGUUUACGAAGCAUGUAGCGACCUAGUCGAGCAAUACGGUCGCAAGGUAAGUGCCGACGAGAUCUUGUCCCAAAAAAUCAACAACAUUGUACCGAUUCCCUUCAAAUCCAGAGAAGACCUGGAAUUAGCCGCCAUCGCCGACAAACGAGAAGGCGUCUACUCAGGCGACUUGAUACCGCAAAUAGACCUCAAAGUGCUGCAUUACUAUGCCACGCAACUGAUAGUACAGAAGUACCCACAUUUAAUCAAUUGUUUCGAUGAGACCGCGCUAAUCACAUUAGGACUUCUCGUGGAAAAAUGGGUUGAUGACUAUUUGCAGCAGCAGGAACCAGCAGGUUCUAACCCUGCUCAGAUGCUCGCCAAAAAGACGAACUACAGACUGUCUCCGUCCGACAUCUGA